AUGUCGCCAACAUACAUUUUUUUUCGAAUUUUCUUGUGACUAUCCCACCAUUUCCAAAUGUUUAGUGUAUUUCUUUUGAAUUUUGUCGUAAAAUCAGUAAUAUGUAACGAUGAAAACCAUUUAUUAUUCCCCGAUGGGUUCUUAAUUGGAGUUGCUUCAUCUGCUUAUCAAAUUGAAGGUGCAUGGAAUGUCAGUGACAAGACAAUUAGUAAUUGGGAUCACUUUGUACAUCAUUGGCCGGAAAAAAUUUAUGAUGGAUCGAAUGCUGAUGUUACCACUGAUUCAUACCACAGAUAUAAAGAAGACGUGGAUAUUAUAAAUAAUUUAGGGGUCGAUCAUUACCGCUUUUCUAUGAGUUGGUCAAGAAUUUUGCCAAAAGGUCAUAGUGGUUACGUGAGCAAAAGUGCAUUACGUUACUAUCAUAGUCUUUUGGAUGAACUAGAUGCCAAAGGAAUCAUACCGUUUGUAACGAUAUAUCAUUGGGAUCAUCCACAAUCUAUAGAGAAAGCGGGAGGAUGGUUGAAUGAUCUUAUGCCCUAUCUGUUUGCGUCUUACGCUAGAGUUAUUUUUGAAAAUUUUGGUCACCGUGUAAAGUAUUUCAUAACUUUAAAUGAGCCAUCGGUAUUCUGCACAAUGGCUUAUACGACAGCUAGUUUUCCACCAGCCCGUAAACUGAAUGGUACCGGUGACUACCACUGCGUUCACAAUCAAUUAAAGGCAAAUGCUUUUGCGUAUCACACUUACGAUAGAAUGUUUCGUAAAAAGUUUAAAGGAAAAGUUGGCAUUGCUUACCAAUGUAUGGGCUCAUUUAGUAAAGAUGAUAAUGACAUUGUAUCCGAUGAUUUAGCUUUUGAAUUUGAGUGCGGAUGGCAGGCACAUCCAGUUUUCUCAGAAUCCGGGGAUUACCCGGAAAUAAUGAAGAAAAAAGUGGCUGAAAGAAGUCGAGCCCAGGGCUAUGAAAAAUCCAGACUGCCAACUUUUUCAACGUUUUGGGUUAAAUUUAUAAGAGGGUCAGCGGAUUUCCUUGCAUUGAACUAUUACACGAGUCGAUUGGCAAAACCGUUACAACGAUCUUCAAUGGUAAAUUGGCCGAAUGACGAAGGACUGGAAUAUGAAUUUGAUCCCAAAUGGGGCUCAGCACAAACUCCUUGGUUAAAAGUAGUUCCUCAAGGGCUUCAUAAACUUCUAAAGAUAAUCAGGGACAAAUACAACCGUCCAACAGUGUACAUAACCGAAAAUGGUGUAUCUUCUUCAAGUGGCAAAGAAGAUGAUAUAAGAAUACAUUACGUAUACUCUCAUUUAAAAGCAAUAUUGUUAGCAAUAAAAGAUGGGUGUGACGUCAGAGGUUAUACAUACUGGAGCUUAUUGGACAGUUAUGAAUGGUUUGCAGGAUUUACGUAUCAGUUUGGAUUAGUGCACGUUGACUUCGAUGAUGUUAAUUUAACUCGAACACCAAAAAAAUCUGUUGAAUGGCUAAAACAUAUAAUUAGCACGAGAAAAUUAGAAUCUCCUGUGUAACAAAAUAAUUGUCAUGAAAGCUAAAUUAGUUUUUACAUAAAUUUAUACAUUCUCUGACUAUUGCAACUGGAGAUUGAGAGAAUUUAACACUUAUCAGACUUAUUACUUUUCUCCAGUCCCAUUUUUAUGUAAUAAUUUGUCAUUCAUUUCACACUUUAACUAAUACUACUUUCUUUGGAAUAAUUAAAAAAUGCAUUUUUUUCAAUAAAUUGAUUUAUUUUUA